GUCUCUGACUAUAACAGCAUAACUGCAUUAAAGUAUUGCUAGUCGUAAAGAAAUAAACGUUUUUGGUUGCCAAGGUUUCUGUUAGAUUUGAUAGAAUUAUUAGUAAAAUUCUGCAUAAAUUCUUAUAGGACUUAGUAUUUUAUCACUAUGAAUACCGAAGUCAUAUUAGAAGAUCCAGAAGUAGAUACUGAGGCGGAAACUGAAGAAAAAGAAAUACCAAUUUGCGCUCGUUUAGUAUUUACAAAAGAGCAGAAAAACGAUUUACAUGAGGCGUUCAACCUUUUAGAUUACAAUGGAGAAGGCAAAAUCAAAGCAGAAGAUUUUCGUGUAGCCAUAAAAGCUUUAGGAUAUGAACCUACGAAAGAAGAACUUCAAAAAAUGAUUAAUGGCGUGGAUAAAGGUCUUACUGGUAAAUUAAGUUUUGAGAACUUUGAAACCGCUAUUAUGCGUAAAAUAAUGUCACUGGAUAGCGAUGGUGAUAUAAUGAAAAGUUUUAGGCUUUUUGACAUGGAUGACUGUGGAUUUAUUAGUUUUGAAAAUCUAAAACAAGUUACUAAAAUCUUAGAAAUUUACUUAAGCGAUCAAGAAAUAGAAGAAAUGAUUGAUGAUGCUGAUAAGGACUUCGACGGAUUCAUUUCUGUUCAAGAAUUUAUGAGAAUGAUUAAAAACUCUGUUGAUAUUGUUACUCCAUGAGAUUACAACACUGCUGUGUUUUCACAAAUCAAAAUAAUUUAUUGAUGUUCCUUGAUUUUUGAAUAAAUAAUAUUUAAAAAA